AGCGGCCACAGCCCGAGUUUCUAGGACAACCUCUGCGAACAGUUGGGGAUGCGCCGCGCUCGCGUUUCAACGAGCACUCUCUGGCAACCAGGCAGAGAGGCGAGCGACGGAGCGGCUACAACUUUGAUGGGGUCCAAUCGUCCUCUGCAAUGCAGCCCGUGCAAAGCAAGCUUGGGAAAGUAGAGUUGAAUCGGGAGGUGGCCGGGAAGGGAGUUUUCAUCAAAGAUAUUUGAAACGUGCCUGAGUUUAGCUUGCUGGAGGAAACAGGACCGAAUUACCCAUCAACCUCUGGUUUCAGUCGGUGGAUCUUUUUCAUGCCGUGCAAUUUAUCAUCGAGGGAUGUCAACAUCAUUAGCCAGGCCCACCUCUAACUGUGCCUGAGCCUAGUGGCCUGCUGUCCAUUUCGGAGACGAUGAUGUUUGUGGAUCUGGAGUUAAAUAAAGAGCAGACCAGACCUCACUAUCAUGUAUGAAACUGAGAUAAUCUCCAGCGAGCCCACCAGCCCAACAUCAUCGUUCUACGGGGAAUCGUCCGACUCGUACUACCGCGUGGACCGGUGGCAGAAACUCCGAACUGCUGUCAGAAAGCUGGAGUUCUGGGAAAACUUCAGCUCCGAAUUGGCAGGAAGCGGGUUCUUUUCUAAAGUGUACAAGGUAACUCAUAACACCACUAGUAAAGUAAUGGUGGUAAAAAUUUACAAGAAAGAUGUUGACCAAGAUGUCAUUGUACGUGAGAUUAGUCUCCUCCAAAAACUCUCUCAUCCUAACAUUGUCAGAUAUCUUGGGGUUUGUGUUAAAGAAGAUAAACUCUAUCCUAUGCUUGAGUAUAUUAACGGUGGAUGCCUGGAAGAACUGCUAGCCAAUAAAGAAGUUAACCUGACUUGGAAGGAAAAAGUGGACCUUGCAUCAGACAUUACAAGAGGAAUGGUGUAUCUACACUCAAAGAAUAUAUAUCAUAGAGACUUAAACUCCAAGAAUUGUUUGAUUCGGGUAGCGCCACGUGGGAGAGAAGCCGUAGUCACUGACUUCGGGCUGGCACGGGAAGUGGUCGAGCUGCCCACAAAGGACUUGGACCGCAAGUUGUCCUUGGUGGGAUCUGCAUUUUGGAUGGCACCUGAAAUGUUACGAGGUGAACCUUACGACAGGAAGGUUGACGUUUUUUCCUUUGGUAUAGUAUUAUGUGAGAUACUUGGCAGAGUUCCAGCUGAUCCUGAAAUUCUACCCAGAACACAGGAUUAUGGGUUGAAUGCUGAAGCGUUUGAAGAAAUGGUGAAUGGCUGUCCAAAGCGGGUCCUGGAAGUAACUUUUAACUGUUGUAGGAUUGACGCCUUUAAGAGGCCAUCAUUCACUGAGUUACUGGACCAACUGGAGGAUGUAGCUGAAAGUUUGGAAACAAAUAAAGACCGUCAGAUGCCUGUGUGAAGCUGUCGUUGCUUAACUCUGCCACAGGGACUUGUGUGAGUGAUAGCAGUCAUUGUUAUCAUCAUACUAGUAAGAGAGGAUUUGUGAUCUACAGGCAUUGGAGAACUGUCAGCAAGGACUGACUUUCAGAUUCAAGUGAAAAUGCACAACAUCAGUUUAUUAAUACCUAUGGGGAGGAAUCUGUACUUCGGAGAAUUAUGUUGCUGACUUAAGCACUUCCUCCCUCUUUGGAAAUUAAGUUGAGAGAUAUAAAAUGGUUGCACAUUAUACGACUGUAGAUUUUGUAUUAUUACCUGAAGUCCAAAUUCCAGUAUCUUCAUGUAAUUGCAUUUGCAACAUGAUUCAAACUGGCAUUUUUUUUUGGAAACUGCCAAUACAAAUGUGGAUUAUGUGUUGCUGUGCAGUUAAGUGUUUACUUACAACACAGCAUUCCUUCUGGGCUGUAAUGUGCAUCUUUUAUAAUGCUUUGGAAAAGAAUACAUCUUUUCAGAGCUGACUAAUCUUUAUGUCAAUGAAUUUUCUGUGCAGACUUCUCACUAUGUACUCUAAUCAAAUUGCACUUAAUAUACUCUAGCUGUUUUUGAAUAAUUUCAAGCCAGAAUCAGAAUAUGUGGCAUGAUUCAGCAUUAAUUUUCCAUGGACAAUAUUUUCUGAAAACUUGUUUUUGCUCAAAACAAAGUUUCUACCAGAGUUAAACAGUAAUCUUUAGUGCACCAAGGCACAUUAAACUUUAAAUCCAGUAGUUCUCUAAGAAAGUGCCUCAUUUAUUGUAGAAAAAUUACAGCGGCUUUGAAUUCCCAAAUGGGUGUAUCGCUCUGUUCCUUGGAGAUUCAGACUUAAGCUCAGUAAAGCCAAUUUUGGGUAAGUCUCCCUGGAAUAGCAAAUGCUCAUGGGUUCAAUGUUUGAAUCUUGUGUUUAACAAUGAAUUAACCUUAACAAGUAACUCCUUGUCUUUACUGGUAUAAAUGUCCUGAAGUGGAUAACAUGGUGCCUGGAAGGCGAAUAAGAAACACAAAAUAAUCCUGAGACAAACUUCACAGUAUUCUUCAAAAGGACAUGUCAUUGUGAUGAAAUGUGUCUAGUUUUUAAUGAAAGAACAGUUCCUUAGUGUAUCAUACUGACAUUUUACUUUGCUUAGUAACACUACAGUUGGUAGCAUAAGAAUUAAUUAUCCCACCGUAAUGUGCAUAUUUUGGAAACUAAUUGCAUGGAAAAAUGAGUUUUUAUUUAAUUGGCUGACAGUGUUAAUUGAUGUCAGUAUUAUUCAUGCUGAUAAAUUAUCGCAAUUAACAUAGACGUCAAGUGAUCGAUUAUUUUCUCGCUGUCUAAGUACACUGUUAUGGUUCUGUUGAAAAUGACAGUGAUCUGCUGAAGUUGAGGACCCACUGCAGUCCCAAAGCCUUUUGUGGCCAAUAUUUCAUUAUGUGAUGAAUGGUAGCCAAUGUGUACAACAGAAGGAUAAUAGCCAAAUAUUUGUUUUGAAAGUUAAUGUUGGUUGAGGUAGAAAUAUUGGGGGAAAAAAACUAAUUAUCAGGUACUGCCAUGUAAUGUCUCCAGGUCUGGGACAAAUCAUUUUAAAUUAAUGGUACAAAUGUCUUCAGCAACUUUGAGCUCAGAAGGAUGAAGAGCAGUGAGAUUCCUGCCCUUGGCUUAUCGAUGCUGACUGUUUGGAACAUGUGCACGUGUGAACUGGACAAGGACCAGUAUAGGCUUAACUUGGAUGCUGUUGUGAAACUGUUGUAAUUUCUCACUUUCAGAAUGACCCAGACAUACCGACACUCAGUCAAGGUACAAAGACUAGUUACCAGUUGUUGUGAAUGGGAGCUGGCUUAUUUUAGACUCUUGGAGCGAAGCAGAUGAAGUACAAGAGAACUUGAGGACAGAUAGUGUUUUAAAUGUCAUUUAUUGGACAAGAGCAAUUGCAGCGUGAAUUACUGAGUGGAAGUCUGGAAGUACUUUCCUUGGCUUUCUUGGGCGCUGUUAAGUUCACAUUGCAAGAUACCUCAGCAAAGUGAUAAAUGUUUGUACAGGUUACAGAUGGAUUUUGAAUGCCCUGUUGCCAUGUUUGAUGCCCCCAAAUUUUUGGAUCACCUGACAGCAUUUCAGUUGGCUUAAAAGCAUUGCCAUUGUUGCUUUGGGUCAAUGUCUCUAUUGGGAUUAGUGAGGAUGUUAAUGCAUUAUUUUUCAUCACUGACUACUUACAAAUCUAACAGUUGAAAGUAAAGAACAGAAGUUGUAGUCCAGUUUCAUUGGCAACUCGGUGAUCUAACAUUAUGUUGAAUUAUUUCUCUUGUGCUAUCUGCCGUAGAACAAGUGCAAGUUAAAUGCUUUUAGAUAUCCCAAUGAUGAUUGUAAAACUAGAUCUGAAGUAUCUAAUAUGAUUUAUAGCAUGUUUUGUGACUCUUGUAAGGUACAAUAUGAACAUGGAAACAUUUCUUAAUUGCAGUAUUUUCUCCAAACAUUUGAUUUUGAGGCUGAAUUCCAGGUGAAAUAGAACUGUUUCCUUUUGGGUCAGGUUGACUUACCUGAUGGUGUUGGGUGAAACCUGGCAGAACAUAUUUUUAGACCUUGCUGAACUGACAAAACCUAAAAGCAACUGAUUUGUUUAAGAUAUUAGUUGAGACUUUGGCCUGGGGAUGUCCGAUGUGUUGUUCUGGAUGGCAGACCCACAUGCAUGGGUGCUGCAUUUGCUAGUGGUAGUGACUCCACGGUUAGAUUGAAAAGUCCUAGGAACUUCAUAGAACCUGGCUACUACAACCCCAAAGCUAAUGUGGAAAUUUGGAAAAGCCUUCUGCAAAGAUGCUUUGAGCUGGUGUUCUGCCCUUUUGUCUGCUGGUUUAGCACUGGCUUUGGGAAUAUCUUGUGUCUGCUCCUUCAAAGAGGAAAUCAAUACCAGAAAAUAAACAUCUCUUUUAAGCUUUAAUGGAUAUCUAACUGCAAGCCUAAAAUUAACAUGGGGAGUUCCUUUGACAUGUGGAAUCUGUAUAGGCCUUAAAAACCACCAGAGACUGGCUUAAAACUCAUAAAGCUCCUUAAUAUCAGAAAACAGCUUAAUGUUUCUAAGCAUAAAAUGCCUUAUAACCUAGCAGAAAGACCUGGAGAUUGAAUCAUGAAAGUGGUUGGAGAGAAUAAGAACCAAUGAGCAUUAAAGUGCUAUGUUCUUUGUGCUAUAUAGAGUUCAUUGUAAAAGAGUACUUAACUCGUUUGUUCUUUCUGCCAAGAAAUCUGUAUGUGUUUUUAUGUUACUUAUUUUAAAGAAUUUAUUCACACCUGGUUUUGUUUUAUUCUCCUUUCUGUGUUACAUUUGUUGAUAUCGAGGAUGUUUCUGAUACUUUAUGAGUGAAUGCUGCAUUUUUGUACAUAAUGUACAGUAGAAUUAUUGACAGAUGACAUGUAUAGAUUUGAUGGAUGCUUACUAAUUAAAGUAGGUGGCUUGAUCAAUACCUGCUGGCUUUGGAUGGUGCUAGAAUAUUGAGAAAACUGUUAUGCAGAUUUGAACAUGUCCAAACAACUUUUUUUAAAAGCUAAAAUAUGACUCUUGCAUUUGAAAACCUGAGCUCUUGAUGCUCUUUCUUUGGAAAAUGUUGGAUAAUGUAUAUUUUGUUAAGACAUAUAUUACUUUGUAGCCUCUGUUACUUUUUAAAAAAUCUAGUACAAGCUCCAGGCAAGGGCAACAAGGGGGUCAUUCACCCCAACAGUAUAAAGAUAGUUUAAAAACAAUAAAGUUUAAG